UUCACCCCUGUGGCCUCCAGGUGCUGAACGUGAGCCUGCUGGAGGGGGAGAAGGUGGCCCUGGAGGACCUGGGCGGCCGGGAGCCCGCCGUCGUGGCCAACGAGUCCAUCCUGAUGAGGGGGCUGGUGGUGCGGAGCCGCAGCAACCGGAUCGCCGUCCGCUUCCGGAGCGAGAAGCUUCCGCCCGGCUCCUUCCUGCUGCGCUACCAGGCGUUCGUGCUCAGCUGUGUGUUCCCGCAGAGGCCGGCCUACGGGGACGUGUCUGUCAGCAGCCUGCACUCGGGGGGCGAGGCGUAUUUCUACUGCUUCACUGGGUACCAGCUGCAGGGCCCGCCCACACUCACCUGCCGCAACGCCACCACCCCCUACUGGAGCGGCACGGAACCGCAGUGCCAGGCCUCGUGCGGGGGAGUGGUUAGGAACGCCUCGGUGGGCCGUAUCGUGUCGCCCGGUUUCCCCGGCAACUACAGCAACAACCUGACCUGCCACUGGGUGCUGGAGGCCCCCGAGGGCCACAGGCUGCACGUGCACUUCGAGAAGGUGGCCCUGGCCGAGGACGACGACAGGCUGUUGAUAAAGAACGGGAACAACAUCGACUCCCCACCUCUGUAUGACUCGUACGAGGUGGAGUACCUGCCCAACGAGGGCGUCGUCAGCUCCGCCCGCCACCUGUUCCUGGAGCUGACCACGGACGGCUCGGGCACCUCCACCGGCGCCGCCGUCAGAUACGAAGCGUUCGGGCCGGGCCACUGCUACGAGCCCUUCGUGAAGUACGGCAACUUCAGCAGCAGCGACGCGGCGCUGGCGGUGGGCGCCGUGGUGGAGUUCUCCUGCGACGCUGGGUACACGCUGGAGCAGGGCUCCGUCACCAUGGAGUGCGUGGACCCCGCCAGCCCGCAGUGGAACGAGACCGAGCCGGCCUGCAGAGCCGUGUGCAGUGGGGAGAUCACAGACUCGGUGGGCGUGGUCCUCUCUCCGAACUGGCCCGAGGCCUACGACAGGGGCCAGGACUGCAUCUGGGGCGUGCACGUGGAGGAGGACAAGAGGAUCAUGCUGGACAUCCAAGCUCUCCACGUGGGGAAGAACGACCUGCUGACCUUCUAUGACGGGGACGACCUGACGGCGAAGAUCCUGGGCCAGUACGCCGGCUCCAGGCCGCGCUUCAAGCUGUACAGCUCCACCGCCGACGUCACCGUGCAGUUCCAGUCGGACCCGGCCACCAACAUCUACGGCUACCACAACGGCUUCGUCGUCCACUUCUUCGAGGUUCCUCGGAACGACACGUGUCCGGAGCUUCCGGAAAUCUCCAACGGCUGGAAGACGACGUCCCACCCGGAGCUCGUCCACGGCACGGUGGUCACGUACCAGUGCUACCCCGGGUUCGAGGUGGUGGGCACCGAGACCCUCAUGUGCCAGUGGGACCUCACCUGGAGCGGAGACCUGCCCAGCUGUGAGCGAGUGCUGUCAUGCCCGGACCCUGGCAUCGUGGAGCACAGUCGCAGGGUGAUGUCCGGUCCUCGGCUAACGGUGGGCUCCACGGUGCAGUUCAUCUGCAACAAGGGCUACGCGCUGUCCGGGAACAGCCUGCUCACCUGCUACAACCGGGACUCCUCGGGCCCCAAGUGGACAGAGAGACCGCCAAAAUGCCUGCCCGAGGCCUUCGAGCCCUGCCGGAAUCCCGGAGCCUCUCCCUUCAGCCUGCAGAGUGUGGAGAAGCGCUUCUACCAGGCGGGGGAGACGCUGCGCUUCUCCUGCCUCAGCGGCUACCGGCUGCAGGGGGAGCACAGCAUCCGCUGCCUGCCCGGACACCCCUCGCACUGGAGCAGCUCGCCCCCUACCUGCAGAGCGUCCCCUGCUGUGGACUAUGUGAAUGAGCGGCGGUUGGACGUUGUCAGUACAGACUUCAGCAUGGAGGGGACCAGCAUAGCGAUGGCAGUCUUCAUCCCUGUCACCCUCAUCCUCCUCAUCAUUGUAGGGAUUUACCUCUGCUUCUCCAGGGUCCAGGGGAAGUCCCUGCACCUGCCAAUGUCGGCCUCCACGCCGUACGGCCACAUCACGGUGGAGUCGGCCUUCGACAACCCGACCUACGAGACAGCAAACAAUGAGGAUACACGAGAGUAUGAAGUAUCCAUCUAAAGACAGUGCAUACUUCAACAUGGUGGGGGGGGUUGGGAGGGGGGGGGGUCCAAGCCUUUUCUGCCUUGUGGGAACUCUGUCAGCAUCUCUCCUCCAUCCCACAACCCCCCCCCCUGCCCCCUUUUAGAUCUUCCUCCUCCUCCUCCACCUCCUCCUCUUCCUCUCCCGUCUGCUGUAAAUACCCGAUUCUCCGGAGGACUCCCGCGAGCGUCGCCGUGGGUUCGGACGACGCCCUAUUUUUGUAGAGCUGCGCCAGCGCUGCCCGGGGCGGUGGGGUCUGUACCGAUUAACCCCGCGCCGCAAUCCUGCCACCCCCCCC